UUGAUUGGGCGGCGCGGAGCCGGGCUGAGACUCGCGCUGUCAGCGUUGCAUCACCUUCAGGCGCGGUUCUGGAGCGUGGUCGCCGGCUGCAACCUAGGCUCGCGGCGGGGUUCCCCAGCAACAGAAUGGUUCAACAAGUUCCAGAAAACAUCAGUUUUCCUACUGAAGAAGAGAAAAUCUUGCAGUUCUGGUGCAAAUAUAACUGCUUCCAGGAAUGCUUAAAGCAGUCAAAAAACAGGCCAAAAUUUACCUUCUAUGAUGGGCCUCCCUUUGCAACCGGACUGCCUCACUAUGGACAUAUACUUGCAGGGACAAUUAAAGACAUAGUUACGAGAUAUGCUCACCAGAGUGGGUUUCACGUUGACAGACGAUUUGGAUGGGAUUGUCAUGGCUUACCUGUGGAAUAUGAAAUUGAUAAGACACUGGGGAUCAAAGGGCCAGAGGAUGUGGCCAAAAUGGGGAUUGCUGAGUAUAACAAACAGUGCCGAGCAAUUGUGAUGAGAUACUCUACUGAGUGGAAGUCUACCAUUACGAGACUCGGCCGCUGGAUUGACUUUGACAAUGACUACAAAACACUGUACCCACAAUUCAUGGAAUCAGUCUGGUGGGUCUUCAAGCAGCUGUAUGAUAAAGGCCUUGUGUACAGAGGCGUGAAAGUCAUGCCCUUCUCCACCGCUUGCGGCACUCCACUUUCUAACUUUGAAUCAAACCAGAAUUACAAGGAUGUUCAGGAUCCUUCAGUAUUUGUAACGUUCCCUUUGGAGGAAGAUGAAAACACAUCCUUAGUUGCUUGGACAACCACUCCUUGGACUCUACCUAGUAACCUUGCCCUGUGUGUCAAUCCAGAAAUGCAGUAUGUGAAGAUCAAGGAUGUUGCCAGGGGGAAGUUGUUCAUUUUAAUGGAACCCAGAUUAUCGGCCCUCUAUAAGCUAGAGAGUGACUAUGAGAUCCUCGAGAGGUUUCCUGGAGCCUCUCUUAAAGGAAAGAAAUACAAGCCGUUGUUUGACUACUUUAUUAAGGCAAGUUCGGAGCUCUGUGCAACCUUUCCUUUGCAGUAUAAAGAGAACGGGGCCUUCACUGUGCUUGUUGACCACUACGUGAAGGAUGAAGAAGGCACGGGAGUCGUGCACCAGGCCCCUUACUUUGGUGCUGAUGACCAUCGGGUCUGCAUGGACUUCAACAUUAUUCAGAAGGACUCCACCCCUGUUUGCCCUGUGGAUGCUUCAGGCUGCUUCACAGAAGAAGUGACACAUUUUGUGGGACAGUAUGUGAAGGAUGCUGACAAAAAUAUCAUUAGGAUGUUGAAGGAACAGGGCCGACUCCUUGUAGCCAGCACCUUCACUCACAGCUACCCUUUCUGCUGGAGGUCAGACACUCCCCUCAUUUACAAGUCAGUGCCCAGCUGGUUUGUGCGAGUGGAGCACAUGGUGGAGCAGCUGCUGAAGAACAAUGACAUGUGUUACUGGGUCCCAGAGUUUGUACGAGAAAAGCGGUUUGGAAAUUGGCUGAAGGAGGCACGUGACUGGGCAAUUUCCAGAAACAGAUACUGGGGUACCCCCAUCCCACUGUGGGUCAGUGAAGACUUCGAGGAGGUAGUUUGCAUUGGAUCAGUGGCAGAGCUUGAAGAAUUGUCGGGAACAAAAAUCUCAGAUCUCCACAGAGAGAGCAUUGACCACCUGACAAUCCCAUCCUGCUGCGGGAAAGGACCGUUGCGGCGCAUCUCUGAAGUGUUCGACUGUUGGUUCGAGAGUGGAAGUAUGCCCUAUGCCCAGGUUCAUUACCCAUUUGAGAGCAAGCGAGAAUUUGAGGACGCUUUUCCUGCAGACUUCAUUGCUGAAGGCAUUGAUCAAACCAGAGGAUGGUUUUACACCCUGCUAGUGCUGUCCACAGCCCUCUUUGGACAACCACCUUUCAAGAACGUGAUUGUGAAUGGACUCAUCUUGGCAAGUGAUGGCCAAAAAAUGAGCAAACGGAAAAAGAACUACCCAGAUCCAGUUUCCAUCAUCAACAAGUAUGGCGCCGAUGCCCUCAGGUUGUACCUGAUCAAUUCCCCUGUAGUGAGAGCAGAAAACCUCCGCUUUAAGGAGGAAGGAGUGCGGGAUGUCCUCAAAGAUGUGCUGCUCCCGUGGUACAAUGCCUACCGAUUCUUCAUCCAGAACGUCUUCAGGCUUCACAAGGAAGAUGGAGUGGAGUUCCUGUACAAUGAGCACACGGUCAGAGAGAGCCCUAACAUCACCGACCGGUGGAUUCUGUCCUUCAUGCAGUCCCUCAUUGGGUUCUUUGAGACGGAAAUGACAGCUUACAGACUAUAUACUGUGGUGCCUCGCCUGGUUAAGUUUGUAGAUAUUCUGACCAAUUGGUAUGUCCGAAUGAACAGGAGAAGAUUAAAGGGUGAGAGUGGGACGGAAGACUGUGUUAUGGCUCUGGAGACAUUGUUCAGUGUCCUGCUUUCUCUGUGCAGACUGAUGGCUCCUUACACACCAUUUCUUACUGAAUUGAUGUACCAGAAUCUAAAGACACUCAUCGAUCCUGUGUCUGUCCAGGACAAGGACACGCUCAGCAUCCACUACCUCAUGCUGCCACAUGUUCGAGAAGAAUUGAUUGACAAGAAAACGGAGAACGCAGUGUCUAGAAUGCAGUCCGUGAUUGAACUGGGCCGAGUGAUACGAGACCGGAAAACUAUUCCAAUAAAGUAUCCUUUGAAGGAAAUUGUGGUUAUCCACCAAGACCCAGAAGCUCUCGAGGAUAUCAAGUCCUUGGAGAAAUAUAUCAUUGAGGAAUUAAAUGUUCGAAAAGUUACACUGUCUACUGAUAAAAACAAGUAUGGUAUUCGACUAAGAGCUGAACCGGAUCACAUGGUCCUUGGCAAGCGUCUGAAGGGAGCCUUUAAAGCUGUGAUGAUGGCCAUAAAACAGCUGAGCAGCGAGGAGCUGGAGCAAUUCCAGAAAAGCGGGAGUAUUGUUGUGGAAGGCCAUGAAUUGCACGAAGAAGAUAUUCGCCUCAUGUACACCUUUGACCAGGCCACAGGAGGGACUACACAGUUUGAAGCGCACUCUGAUGCUCAGGCUUUAGUUCUCUUAGACGUCACACCUGACCAGUCAAUGGUGGAUGAAGGCAUGGCUCGGGAAGUCAUCAAUCGCAUCCAGAAACUUCGAAAGAAGUGCAAUCUGGUUCCAACGGAUGAAAUAACAGUUUACUAUAAAGCAAAGUCUGAAGGGAGAUACUUGAAUAAUGUCAUUGAAAGCCACACCGACUUCAUAUUUGCCACUAUCAAAGCUCCCUUAAAAGCAUACCCAGUUCCUACAUCAGAUAACAUCCUCAUUCAGGAACAAACACAGUUAAAGGGGUCGGAACUGGAACUCACACUCACCAAGGGAUCCUGUGUGCCUGGUCCUGCUUGUGCUUAUGUGAACCUUAACAUCUGUGUGAAUGGCACUGAGCAAGGUGGAGUGUUGCUUUUGGAAAAUCCAAAAGGUGAUAACAAGUUGAAUCUUGUAAAGCUAAAGAGUGUUGUUACCAGCAUAUUUGGUGUUAAGAAUGCAGAGCUGUCAGUCUUCCACGGUGAAACAGAAAUACAGAACCAAGCUGACUUGCUGAGUCUGAGUGGGCGGACACUGUGUGUGACUGCAGGAGCAGCGCCCUGUGCAGGCAACAGCCCCAGCACUCUUGUGUGUCAGUUCAUCAACCUGAAGCUCCUAAAUGCAGAGCCGCAAGAGUGUCUAACAGGAACUGUGGGUACUCUCUUGCUUGAAAACCCACUUGGACAGAAUGGACUCAGCCACCAAGGGCUUGCAUAUGAGGCAGCCAAGGUGUUUGGACUUCGGAGCAGGAGGCUAAAGCUGUUCCUGGAUGAGACUCAAACACAGGAAAUUACAGAAGAUAUCCCAAUGAAGACUUUGAAUAUGAAGACUGUGUAUGUUUCUGUUCUGCCAACAACUGCAGAUGGCUAAUAGUUAUCUAUGUCAGCCUGCCCUGACUUUCUACUCCUUACACACACACACACACACACACACACACACACACACACACACACACACACACACGGGCUCAGUGAAGGUAUUUCCUUUGAGCACAUGUCUAAUAUGCUGCUUUGAACCCACAGUUCAGAUGGGAUUAACUGACUUGAGACCUCACAUGUUCACAUUAACCUUAAACACCUAUGCAGUUGUGUUGGGGGAGGGUCCUGAAGUUACCUCAGCACCACAAAGCUUAUUUCUGUACUUGAGUUCUUUCUUUAAUACAGAAAGUAGGAGUGAUUUAAAUGGCAUAGUACAUAUAUGAGUAUGUUUAUCAUUUUAUGGCCUUGUAAAACUGAUUCGAGACCUUGUAAAGAAAUGGACAUGUUAUAUAUUUCUGCUACCUGGAUUUUCCUGGGUAAUUUGAUGAGACAUUUUAUGUUUGAUUAAAUCAAAACAGUAAACACUCUUCUCAGA